AUGCCGACAGGCCCACAAUGGAAGGCCCGGCGUCGUUUACUCCAGGAUCUGAUAGCACUCAAAUUCCUCAACAACGUCGCAGCCCCAAAUAUUUAUAGAAGCGCAACCCUGCUACUCGAUCUCUGGAAGAAGAAAGCAGAGCUUGCCGACGGAAAGCCUUUUUUAGUAGAGCACGACCUCUUCUUCGCCGCCCUCGAUGCAAUUGAUGAGAUCAAAUCUCUAGCCAAUUCCGACUCUCGAGUUUUGCAGCUGCGACAAGCCGCAACGGAUGGUAAAGCUGUCGACUUUCCUAUUGCCGCCGUCCACCCUGCCCUGGAGGCUAUGUUGCAUACUAUAGAUAGUGUGGAGGUGGUGAUUGCAACUGGGUUCCCGAAGCUUGCAUGGUUUAUCAUUGGACUCCUUCCACAUAUCAGCCGUAGACGGGCAGUACGAGACGAGUUGGUUGUAAACCAGGUUUUCCACGCAAUGGAUCGAUUCAACACCCUUGGCAAGCAACACGACGAAGAUACGCAUGUCAAAUCAGCAGUAGAUUUCAUGGUUUCAAGGCAAGUUGGCCUUGCACAGAAAGACAGCAGUCUUGCUUCAAAUUGGCUAGAGGCUAUGAGAGAUGAGAUCAUCGGAUUUAUUGUCGCUGGUCAUGACACAACGAGCACGACGAUGUGCUGGAAUCUCAAGUUCAUAUCAGACAACCUAGAUGUCCGAGAAAAACUUCUCAAAAGCCUUCGCAUUGCCCAUACAGCUGCUGUCACCGAGCAUCGCCUCCCCACUCGCAGCGAGAUAUGUAACACAAGCAUCCCCUAUCUGGACGCUGUUAUCGAGGAGUCGCUGCGUCUCAGCCACCCCGGAAUCUUUCAGGAUCGGGAAAGCACAGAGGAUACUCUUAUCCUAGGCUACUAUAUUCCGAAAGGUACUCAUAUCAUGAUGACAAACAAAGGUCCUAGCUUCACGGAGCCAGCACUAGAUAUUGAAGGUAUCCGCAGCCCGACAUGUCAAGCGGCAGCCCAAGAACAUGGAUUCCGAGCCUGGGAUGGGGAGAGAAUGGACAAGUACAAUCCUGAGCGUUGGCUUGUGCUAGAUGAUAAUGGCAGAAUGAAGUUUAAUUCGACAGCAGGACCAGCUCUCCCAUUUGGUCUCGGCCUUCGAGGAUGUUUUGGAAGAAAGCUGGCGUAUCUGGAGCUCAAAAUGUUGACCACUGUUUUGGUUUGA